GUGCACGCGUGUAAUUGCGAUUUUGUUAUACUCUGUGUAGUCGUCUGCAUAAUCUUAUCAGUUUUAUCAUCACUUGUCUGAUAAGUGAUGAUAGACUGAUAUAGUUUAUUUAGCUGAUAUAGUUAUUGCAGAUUUCCAUUCUUAUAGACAAGUGUUAUAGACAAGUGUUAUUUAGAACAAGUUACACAAUCUUAUAGUUUAGUUUUGUGAUAUUUAGAACAAAUUAGGAUAUAAUAGUUAAUUGUCUAAGUGUUAUUGAAUAUAAAAAAUAGCAAACCGUGAACAUAGGCAAGUGUACCCUAUAAGUGUCCUACUAGUAAGUUAAGUUCUGUUACAAAUUACACAAUUUUCACUCGUAGAUAAUAGUUGAAUCACUAAAUUCAACUAUCUAAAUCAUUAAAUCAUGUACAGCUAUUACUAAAAAAUAAAGGUUUUAGUAGUUUUAACAUAUAUAAAAUGUGUACUUUGAUGUAACAAAAAUUUUUGCAAGUGUUUGACAUAUGCAGGUCCUAAAAUUCAAGUGCGAAGAAGCUCAAGAAUUCGUCAAAAUAGCUUUCCAAAAACAACAUCCACAGAUCCAAUAGAUUUAGUUGAUUCAGACGAAGAAAAUAAUAUGACUCGAGUGAAAAAACCAGCACAUAGACCUGCAGGAAAUUAUUAUGAUCAUACCGAUCAAGAGGAGCCAAACAAUGAACAUGAAAAUGAAGAACAACCUCAAGAGGAAGAACAAUCAGACAAAGAAACAGAAGAACAAAAUCUAGAAGAACCAGAAGCUGAACAAAAUCUAGAAGAAGAUGAGCAAGCAGAUGAACAAGAAGAUGAAAUGCCAGAAGCUAAUGAGAAGCCAAAAAUCACUAAAUUUAAAAGGAAGGCAUUUUAUCCUGAUACAAAUUUACCAAAAAAGAAGAAGCCUACGAUCAUUUUACCAACGAUGAGAUACAACAACAAGGAAUCUGUGGUAAUUGAAGGUGCUAAACACAUUAAUAAACAGAAAGAUGAAGUGAAACUAAGAGUUUCACCUAGAUUGUUUAGUGAGGUCAUCUAUUUUCUCACUCCAGAACAAAGAAAAUGGGUCCAAAAAGCUGGUUUUUCUCUGCUAUUGGAGUUUCAGUUGGAGAUGCUUCCAGCCAAACUCAGUUACAACGUCCUUCAAAUUUUUGAUCAUAAUUCAGUUUCUCUGAAAAUUAAAGAUAAAGAAAUCAACAUCACAGAAGAUGAUGUAUUUGAUGUGCUGGGAUUGCCGCAUGGAGAUCUAUCAGUAAGACUUGGCACAGAGGACGAAUAUAGAGAAAGAAUAGAUGCAUGGCUUGCACAGUUCAAAUAUGAUAAAGAUCAAAUCACAGCCCAAAGACUUGUGCAAGUCAUGAGAGGACAACCAGUUACGGAGAAUUUUAAGCUGAAUUUUCUACUUCUCAUGUCAAAUGCUCUACUUGGAACAACAACUAGUUCUUAUAUUGACAGACAGCUACUGAGGUUUGAUGAUGAUCUUGAUAAUCUAAGGAAGUACAAUUGGCCAGAGUUUUUGCUAGAUUAUCUUGUGCUUGCAACAGAGAACUGGAAUAGGACAACAACCACAUUCUUUCGUGGAUCCCUUGUUUUCCUCACUUUGUUUUAUGUUGACCGUGUAAGAAACAAAGGUAUCAAAAUUGUUGAAAGGCAGUUCCCAUCUUACAAAGGUUGGGAUGUAGAUACAUUAAGGGAAAGACAAGCACUGGAGCUGUUAGGUGGUGGAGCUUUUGGAGUUGGCCAGGUUUUGAAACCACUUAGAGAAUAUUUACAUGAAGAAGAUCCAUUUGAAAAUCAACCAAAGAACCCUAGCAAUUCUGGUACAAACGCUAGCGAACAAAAUGAGAUUUGGGAUGAUUUGAAUGUUUGGCAAACAGUGGAUGAUAUUGAAGCUGACCACAUUAGGAACAAAGAACCACAAAAAGCCUUUUCACCCGAUGAUCCUCAAGAAAAUGAUGGCAACAUAAAUGAAAAUACAAUCAACAGAGAUAGUCAAGAGGACACAGAGAUUGAACCAUCAGAAGAGGAUAUUGUGCAAAAGUUGACAACAAGAGCUCAAGAUAUCUUGGAAGCCAAGUUCCAACUAGAGGAUGACCUGAGGAAGGCAAGGGAAAAAUUUCCAAAUUGUUAUUCACUAAAGACAAUUGAAGAAGUUAUUUGUGAAAACUUCCCUGCAAAAAAACCUCCACCAACAACAAGUUCUACACACGAACAUGUCAAUCCUGCAGUUGAUCUAGACGUUCAUCCACCAAGUAAGGCAAAUGAACAAGAUCAGAAUCCUCCAGUUGAUCCACAACCCUCAACAACUAAUGCACCAGCAGAUCAAUCAAAAGAACCCCCAACAGUCCAAAUGUCUAAUCAAUCAGAAGAACUGGGAGAUAAGGAGCCAGAGAUUGUUAAUGAUUUUGAUCGUGAUUUGAGUCCUAAGAGUCUUGAACAAUUGGAGAUCGCUGAGAAGUUCUAUAUAACAUAUAAAAAGAGAACAAGUCCAGCUAAUAAUCAAGACAAAGACAUAAUUCCAAGUUUCUCACUUGGAAUAGAUGAUGAACCAAAUCAAAAUGCUGAUGACUGCACUGUUCCACAACCUCAGGCAAGACAGAAAAGCACAAGACUUAAGAAGAUCGGCCCUCAUGCAAGAUCACCAUAUAUAGACAGAGUGGUUGAUAUAACUAAACAUCUUGGCAAUCUUGAUUUUGGUUUUUGGAGCUUUUUAAUCCAGAAAAGUAAUCUGCUGUAA